AUGAAGUGGUUACUCGUUUUGAUUUACGCAUGUACAUCCUAUGCCGAAGAUUACGUUUUCCCCCCUAAUUUUCAAUUUGGAGUUGCCACAGCUUCCUAUCAAGUAGAAGGAGGAUGGAAUGCAAGCGGUAAAGGAGAAAAUAUUUGGGAUGUACUAACUCAUAAUCGCCCUGAAUUAAUAUACGAUCAAAGUAAUGGUGAUAUAGCUUGUGACACCUACAACAAAGCUAUAGCAGACGUCCAACUCUUAAAAAGUUUAGGAGUAGACUUCUACCGUUUCUCAUUUUCUUGGUCAAGAAUCCUCCCUGUGGGUACAUCAAAUAAAAUAAAUCCAGAUGGAAUUCGUUACUACAACGAAUUGAUUGACGAACUUCUCAAAAAUGGGAUAAAACCGUUUGCCACAAUGUUCCAUUGGGAUUUACCACAACCUUUACAAGAAAUCGGCGGUUGGCCAAAUCCGGUUGUUGCUGAUCUCUUUGUCGACUAUGCCAAUGAACUUUUUGAACAUUUUGGUGAUCGUGUCAAGGAUUGGAUUACCUUUAAUGAACCUGCUGUGUUUUGUGGUGGAGGGUAUGAAGAUGGCAGUAAAGCACCAGCUUAUAAAGGAAAUGGAUUUGGAGUUUAUUUAUGUGCACACACUGUGUUGAGAGCUCAUGGAAAAGCUUACAGAGUAUACGAAUCUAAAUAUAAAGCUUCGCAAGGAGGAAGAGUUGGUAUUACUCUUGAUACUUACUGGUUUGAACCUGGUAGUGAUAAACCCGAGGACAUCGAAGCAGCUGAAAUUACAAUUCAAAUGAAUUUCGGUUGGUUUGCUCACCCAAUUUAUUCAAAAGAAGGUGAUUAUCCUUCAGUUAUGAAAGAACGGAUUGCCGAAAACAGCGCGAUAGAAGGUUUCCCACGGUCUAGAUUACCAGAAUUUACUCCCGAAGAAAUUGAAGAAAUUCGUGGUUCUUCUGAUUUCUUUGGAUUAAACCAUUACACAACUAAUAAAUGUACUCCACUACCAGCUGGUUGGGGAAUUCCACCUUCUCAAUGGACUGACAUAGGAACGAUGUGUUACUACGAAACUAAUUGGGAAAUAGGAGCGUCUUCUUGGUUAGCUGUCGUUCCUUGGGGUUUUAGAAAACUCUUGGUUUGGAUUAAAAACGAAUAUAAUAACCCAGAAGUUAUUAUAACUGAGAAUGGGUUUUCCGAUAAAGGUGAAUUAAAUGAUUGUAGAAGAAUUAAUUAUUAUAAUACAUACUUAGAAGAACUGCUUAAAGCAAUUCACGAAGAUGGAUGUAAUAUUAGUGGUUAUACAGCAUGGAGUUUUUUGGAUAACUUCGAAUGGAUGAGAGGGUUUACCGAAAAAUUUGGUGUCGUCUAUGUAGAUUUUGAUGACCCUGAUCGUUCAAGAACACCCAAAAUGUCGUACUACGUAUACAAAAAUAUUUUAGCAACUAAAAGAGUUGAUUGGAAAUUUACUCCCGAUUCUUUCAAUGAAUGUGAAUUUUAGAAAAUUUUCUUGUUUGUUAUAAAAUUCUGUAUAAUAAAAUAUAUGUUGCAUAAUAAGUAGUAAAUUGUAAUAAUUGAACUUAUUAUACA